UGAAGGCCGUUUUGACUUCUUUUAAUAAUACUUUUUUGUUUGUUAAAGCUAUCAUUUGUUCUAACGAUGUUUUUUAACAGAAUAUAAAAGGUUCAACACUUAUACUUGGUUUCAAAGUAUAUUUGAAAUGAAUUUUUUUUAUGGCUGCUUUUUAUUUCCAUCUGUUUCAAGCUUAUUAUGUUACAAACAACAUUUAAGACAAGCAAGUUCAGAUGACGUGCCGGUAUUCAAAAAUUGUGACGUGUGCCAGACACUAGAGUACUCUUAUGGAAAUGGAAGUUAUGUUGCACAAAAUUGUAUUACGGGAAAAUCAGGUUGUUUAUGCCCCACAUAUUCUAUUGGUACAAAUACCAGAUGCCAGUGUUGUUCUGCUGAUUUAUGUAACACUGCCAUUUUUACAAGUGACAAUGUGGAGAUAGACAGCAAUAAUACCUUGCAAUGUUAUGAUCAAGAAUUGGAAAUCAAUUCACUUACUGGAGUAAAACAAAACACUAUCGAACUUACUAAUAAAAGUGGCUGUUCUAUGUGCAUGAUAAUAAAUGAAACAAAUUACAAAUCAGGAUUAACUAAAAUUACACAAUCUUGUUAUACUAAUCAAAUUGCUUGCUCUUAUGAUUGGUUCGCGCACUCAAAUGAUGAUUCCAUAUACACGACAACUUGUUGUUAUGCUAAUCUCUGCAACAGUUUGGCCACUACAAACGCAACCUUUAACUCAACCACUACAAACACAACCUACAACUCAACUAUCAUUAGUAGUUGUAGUUUUACUGAUAGAUUUUGGUUCUGGAAUAUUUUCGGAACCUUAUUUUUAAUUGUUGCAUAUUUAUAAUAUUUCAAGCAAUUUUUUUCUUUGUAAUAUUAGCUAAGAUAAAAUAGUUUAAAUGGUAAUGGUUGAAAGAAUAUUAAUUGAUAAUAAGAAAUAACAUAAAUAAUUCUAGUGCAAACUAUUGAGAUAAAUAAAAGAAAAGGAAAAACAA